UAAAAAUUAAAAAAGCAUCGACAAAGCUCAUGAAAAAAUUCACCUUUUCUUGUCAUAUAGAGUUUUCUCAUUGGUUCAACCUUCUAUUUCUUGUAGUCUUGUCAUUUUGCAUCAAUUCUUCUAUGAUACAGUUGGACAAACUUAUUAAUAAAGCACCAGCCUUUCAUGUUCAAUCUUCGAAUGCUUUACUUUUCGUUCUUCUCUUGGUAGCCUAAAAAUGAACAAUAGACAGAUUGAUGUUCGAUAUGGCUUUGAAUCAGUCGAUGGUUUUUCUUUUGAGUCGCGAAAAUCUUCUGCGAAAAAGCAGAAUCUGAAGUUGGAUACUUUAUCUGAUGUUGAUGUUUCUAUCCGGUUUGAGUCGCCAAGUUAUGUUCAUAACGUUGGCAACACCUCGUCGUGUUCUCAAAUGUCGAUGAUCAAUGUUACUCCAGCAAUCACAGCAUUUAGGCCUUUGAAUGAUUUUGAUUCAGCACAAAAAGAUUAUGCCAAUUUUCCACAUAGAGACACUUUGCAUUCCCUUGUGGAAUCUUCUUUUCGUGGUAAUCAAGUCCUUAACUUAGAGGAGAAGUCCAUUAGAUCCCUUUUCCAUCAGAAUCAAAACUUGAGCCAUUCUUAUUUAAGCUUCGACGAAAAUUUCGAAGUGAAAAAUUAUUCCUGUGACACUCAGAUUGUGAAGCCAUGUAGUUGCAAAGGGAUUAUAUCUACUGUUUCCAAUAAUGUUGUUUCACAAAAACCAACCUUUCGAAAUAAAAUGCGGAUAAGAUGGACUCAGGAUCUUCACGAGAAAUUCAUCGACUGUGUAAAUCGACUUGGGGGUGCCAAAAAGGCAACACCUAAGGGGAUCCUGGAGCUAAUGAAUUGUGAUGGAUUGACAAUCUUUCAUGUUAAGAGCCAUUUACAGAAGUAUCGUGUCUCUCACUACAUAUCAGAAUCUACGAAAGGAAAAGAUGAGAAACUGAUAUGCAACGAUUCAACCCCACAAGGGCCACGACUCGAUGCAGAAACGGGGGUGCAAAUUUUAGAAGCACUAAGGCUACAGAUAGACGUCCAAAGGCACUUAUACGAGCAAUUGGAGAGUCAAAGAAACUUGCAGAUGCGGAUUGAAGAACAAGCGAAGCAGCUUCAGUCGAUGUUUGAAUGCCAAGUUAAAACGGCAUAAGAUUGCAUCCAAGAUGCAAAAUGUGCAAACACUGCAUAGAAGGAUAGUGUCUGAUGGUGAAUCAAUAAAUUUUUCCAUGGAAACUUUUAAGGCAAUCUAUUUCUAGUAAUUGUUUAAAAUUUCACAAUUCUUUCUCCAAAUCUUGGAUAGAAUGAUUUAGUUGGAGAUAAAAGCCCUGAAUGGCUACA